AUGGCGACUUACUACGCACGAAUCAGAGAAAUCGCCAAGAAAUGUAGCUAUACAGACGAAAACGAUGCGAUAUGCGACCACUUGAUCAAAACAAUGCGGCAUAACAACGCGAUUCGUGUCAAAGCUAUUCGCAACAACUGUACACUACAAGAAAUUCUCGAUGAAGCAGCAAUCACCGAGCAAGCUCAACUGCAAGUCAAAGAAAUCAAGCAGAAACUCGAAGCAUCGGAAACGAGCCAAAGAGUGAAAUAUUCCAAACAAGAUUCCUGCCAACGUUGUGGGCGUAAGCACGACAAAGCAAAAUGUCCCGCAUGUGGUGCGAAAUGUCGAAAGUGUGGUAAACAAAACCACUUCGCCAUUGUUUGUAGAUCGCGUUCAACACGAGGUCCCGGUGGGAACAACAAGCGAAGGGAGAAUUCUCAAUAUCAACGUCGCGACAAUAAAUCAGAGAGAAGAGAAACAAAAAGCCGCCAAUACUCGAAGCCAGACGACCAAAGCAACUAUAAACCAGAGCACAAAAAAACAAAUACUCGAGUAUCAGUUCAAGUGACAGCUCGAACGACGAAGACUUCAUCCAACACCUUCGAAUCAGACAAACAACUCGAUUGA